AUGGCUUAUUACCACGUUACGGCUGGACACCCUUCAGGAAGUGAAAGAAUCUACUUCAUUCGACACAAUGAGAAAAAGAAAAGCUCGAGAAAUCCUGACGAUUGGAAAGUAUGUAUGUUAAUAGAAGUUUUGAACGGAUUAGGAGGCCGGGUUCGACGCUUAGCGCAAGCUGGACUGCUGGUCUACAGUAAUUGGGUUGCAUCAAAGAGUUUAGAAAAAGUUUCGGAUAAUGCAUUUGUGAAUAUUGGGCAUUUGCAAGUAAAUCAACUUGCAACUGGAAGUGGCGCGACACCGUUGCAUGAAGCAUCAUCGAGAUUCGAGUAA